AUGGCUCAGGAUGCUGUCGCUCUUAAUGGACUGAAUUACGAGAGUCAUAUGCAGUUUAGGAGGUCCGUCGUACCGAUUCUUAUAUAUCGUCGUCAACAGAAAGAGGAACAGGAACAUGAAGGAGAAGAGGAACAGGAACCAGAGCCGGAACCAGAACCGGAACAGGCAAAUCCAAAUGACCCAAUUUCUGUUGUUCCGGGCAUAGUCACUGUCGCUGGUGAGACAUUUUGCCACAUCAUAGCAAAUAAGAGAUUGCUUUUUACCCGUCGUCGAGGCAGGUAUAGAUUUGAAAUUGCUUUCCCCAACAUGAACUUAGACCUUGACAACCUCAAUGUGGAAAGACAUGGUUUGUUGGCUGCUUUCUACUGCCCUGUUCCUGCUGGAAUUGUAGAUGCCGUGCAUUUCAGCAAUCAAACUGCACAGAACCAAAAACUUAAGAUGUAUGGAUAUCAGAUUAGUGCAUCAGGACAAGUACAAAGGGAUCUAACUAAUGGCUAUCUGACUCACAUAGGGAACCGUGUGGGGCAAGAAUACAUCGGACAUGAUUGUACUCCUUCAAAGUUAUCGCUAAGUGGGUCACCCAUUUUUAAUGAGGAAAGACAGCUCGUUGGUAUAUCAUACGCGGAUUUUGGUAUAACCAAGGCCUUGAAUGUGGAGAAUAUAGCUUCCAUGCUUUCAGAGUUUUAUGAUGGAAUGGAGAACAGGCCUAUGUCAGAUAUCUUACAACGUAUCAGAGAUGUUGGUGAACAUCAAUUUGUUCCGCCUGCGGAUCAUAUGACUUGA